UCUCGGGCGGUUCGAACGUCGAUCGACGCGGUUAGUGAUACGAAACCAGUCAGGCGUGUUGUGUGCAUAGGAAAAUUCGGUUGUAACUGCAACUAGUCGUUUGUGGUUUUCAACAAAAUUGUGCAAUGGUUUUAUUGUACUUGGCGCAAAAAUUCAUGUGAAUGAUAGUGCGCGGCUUUAGAAAACAAGCACUAAGAGCAAACAGAGUGGAAAAAACGAUUGAAUAACAGUGAAGCAACAACACGAACAGCAGAACAGUGAAAAGCGUAAAGGCUUUAACGGCUAAGCCCACAAGAACAAAACACUUGAGCCAUAAAAAGAAAACAAGGAAAGUGACAAAUUUAAGCAAUGUAUUACGCAGCGCAGUGAAGGUGAAGAACGUGAUGAGUUCUUGAGUGUUGAUCGUAUCGUUCAGUGUUCGAAAUAGAAGACCGGUUGAUCAAAAUGACGGCAGGCGAAAGUCCCACGAAGUCAACGGUGCGGCUAGCGACAACAAACGGCUCGCAUCAUAAUAACACCUCUGUUGGAGGCGCAACUGCAACGCCGGGAGUAGGUGGUGCUAGUGGUGGUGGUGGUGGAGGGACAGCCAUCACGAAGCAAUGGUGGAAGGUAUGCUUUCUGUAUGGAGGCAACCAGGAGAAAUACUACCGACAGAUCUACGGCAAAGCAGCGUCGGAACGUUUGGCGGCGGCCAGUGCCAAGCAGAUGACCACCACGUCAGAAGGCAUGCUCGGUGGUAGUAACGAACGUGCCGGAAACUGUAACGCAAAUGGUACAGGUACUGGUAAAACCAUUCCGACACUUCCGACCAAAAAGCUCUCGCCAUCGAGUCAGCUCCGAGCGUCACCAUCAGGGAACGGCUCCGCUUCUCCUGCGCUGGAGGAUGGCUUUCGAUUCCGCAAAGGGUCGCCGGUUAUUAAAUCGGCUUCCUCGCGAUCGAGCCUUGCCAUGCCUACAGUGGCUGGACCGAGUGAGCGUUCACCUCGUCCGAAUCCUCCCGCCGGGAUUCUUCGGAAACGGGUGACAGUACUGGACGAUUCGUUUCUGCUCGGCAAUAGCGUAGAGCUGCUUGGCUCAGAGCUGGAGGCGGAAGUAGACGAACAGAGAUCGGACAGUGGCAUCAACGUGGAUGCCCGGCAACCGUCACCACAGGUGGCAGGCGAAGAACAACAGCGUCUCGACUGCCAUCGGCCUGGCAUGCGACGAACGUUUCACCUUAGCGGAGAGGAGCUACGGCUGCUCAACUUUGACCACGAACAAGAUAUUGCGGGCUCCCUUGCCUAUGCUGCUGCCAACGGUACCUCUUCGACGCCAGCGAUUCCUGCCCACAAGCAACAAAUUAGUGCCGCCAGCAAUCCAUCAACAUCAUCAUCAUCAUCAUCAUCAACAGCAACAACGACAUCGUCGUCGUCGUCGAAGGCUUCCACCGGGAACCAGAUGCGACGGCCACUACUAAAUGCCCCUGGGAACGCCGGCGGAUCGUUAGCGGGAACACCGAUUACAACGGGAGCUUCCGUCGCAGUGUCAAGCAACAAUGAGGUGUCAUUGGCGAAUUCAUCAGUACAAAUGUCGUAUCCAUACCAAAAAUCUCACCAUCCAUCGCAGCCACAGAAUGGGCACCCACAGCAUCAGCUGAUGCUACAACAUCAUCCCCAGCAGCAGCAACAGGAUCUCGCGUCACAUCAUGCUCACCAUCCUCACGCGCACCCGUAUGGGUACGAUGUUGGUCGAAGCCCUCUACGAAGUCCCCAAUCGCCUCCUUUGUAUAGCGGCAAGCCGCCACCACCGCCGCCACAAUCCUACCACUACCAACCGCCAGCCCAUCACUGCCCUCAGUCUCUGUCAGGAGCGCCAACAACCGUACCAGGCAUUCCGGGACAUCUUCCCCUGACUGGUGUGGUGGGUGGAGGUGGUUCGGCGGACUGUUUUAUGCUACCACCUCUCCAGCCCCAAUCACCCGACGGUUUGCCGACAGUGACGAACACCAGCAGUACGGCCACGAAUGCCCCAUCGCUGCGAUCCGUUUACCCGCAUCAUCAGGCAUAUUCAUCGAUCGGAUCGUCCCAUCAUCCGUUUCACUCACCUUCAUCGGCGGCCGCCCUCAUUGGACCAUCGAUGCCACAGCAUCCGCAUCAGAUACCCUUUUCCUCGAUACAUCAACAUCUGCUCGGCACCGGUACUGGCGGCCCGUCGACAGCACUUGGCUCAAACUCGGUCGGAGUAGCGCAGGGAGGACCUGGAAGCGUGGGGAUGAUAGGAGCAGGUGGUGCCGGUGGACCACUUGCCGGACCUGGAGCAGGUGGAGCGGGAGGCGGGGCUGGAGGUGGAAUCGGUGCGGGUGGUGGUAUGGGAGGUCAUAACUACUCGCAAUCGGAUGAUGAUAGUGGUUGCGCGCUGGAGGAGUACACCUGGGUGCCGCCCGGGUUACGUCCGGAUCAGGUCCAUCUGUACUUUUCCGCCGUUCCGGAGGAUAAGGUCCCGUAUGUAAACAGUAUCGGCGAGCGGCAUCGAGUUCGACAGCUGCUUCAGCAGCUUCCACCGCAUGAUAAUGAGGUUCGCUACUGUCACUCGCUGACCGAUGAAGAACGUAAAGAGUUGAAGCUGUUCUCUGCCCAGCGUAAACGGGAAGCUUUGGGACGUGGCACAGUCAAACAGAUUACGAACACCUUAAUUUGCGAGCGAUGUGGAGAGUGUGCGUCUUCCGGUGACAUGAUGGUGUUUGCGUCGCGGUUCGAGCCCAACACCUGCUGGCAUCCGGCCUGUUUCGCUUGCUGCGUUUGCAAGGAGCUGUUGGUCGAUCUGAUCUACUUCCAUCGCGAGAAUCGAUUGUACUGUGGUCGACAUCAUGCCGAAACACUCAAACCCAGAUGCUCAGCCUGCGAUGAGAUUAUCCUGGCCGACGAGUGCACUGAAGCGGAGGGACGCGCAUGGCAUAUCAAACACUUUGCUUGUUUCGAGUGCGAUAAACAGCUUGGCGGUCAGAGGUACAUCAUGCGAGACGGCAAGCCAUACUGUCUACACUGUUUUGACGCCAUGUUUGCCGAGUACUGCGAUUAUUGCAGCGAACCCAUCGGAGUAGACCAGGGACAAAUGAGCCAUGAUGGUCAGCACUGGCAUGCGACGGACCAAUGUUUCGCCUGCAGUACCUGUCGCUGUUCGUUGCUCGGACGUCCGUUUUUGCCACGCCGUGGUGAGAUCUACUGCUCCAUAGCCUGCAGUAAAGGUGAGCCACCGACACCCUCGGAUGGUUCUUUGCCGGCUGCCGCAGUCCUGCUACACGCCAACGCAAGAAGCAAUCGCACUCUAGAGAACGAGCAGCCGCGGGAGGAUGGCAAAGACUUUGAUCACACGAACGCCAAAUCAUACCGAAGUUCUCCGUCUCAUCGGAGUGCGCGGUCACCGGAACCUCUUCGAAGUCCGGACCGGGGCACAAGGUGUCUCUCACCAUCGCACACCGAAGCAAGCAAUGGAGAGUCUAACUUUGAUGGUAAUGGAAACGAUGAGAUGACUCUGUCUUGCUACACUGCCGCCACCAGCAUAACGACUUCGCUGUCAGCUGCAACGGGUAAUACCAGUACGACACUUGCCACCACUGCCACCAACAAUACCGCCAACGAGGCGAUAAUUUCAGCCAACGAUCACGAAGUACAAAGCCAAGAAAGCACCAACGGCAAAAGCGAUCGCGAGCACCUGCUCAGCCCCGCUUCCACCGCAACGGGGACAACUUCGGACACGUCCAGCAGUGGUGUCGGUGACUCGAACCGACACCGCAUUCCUCAGUGCUCACCGGAAUUGAAUCGCCUGUUGCACAAAGAUCGCAGUCGCCAGCCACUCGAUUUGACAGAUUUGGGCCACAGUCUUGAACAGCACUGGCAAUCAGAGCGUGCGGGAAGCGAAAAGAUCUCUGUUACUAACCCUGCGGCCACCGUUCGGACGCAAACCGCCAUAGCGAUCGGAUCCGGAAAUGUGAACGCUGGACCAAUUCUAACGUCUUCCAUGCCCGAACUCAACCGUUGUCUAGCGCCGGGCAGUGGAUCGCCCAGAAUAAGUAGAACCAAUAGUCCAAUGUCUAUGCCAGUAGAGGACAAUGUCGGAGCGAUGGGCGAGGAUGAUGAUGAUGCGGACGAACAAAACCAAAACGCAUCGGAUGCGUCGCAUUCUAUCGUGGAGCUUCCAACGCCACCGCCAAUAGUUAUUAAAAAGGAAGUACGAUUCGAGGGAGAUUUCCAGGACUCGUUACCCCGUACAAAGAGCUACUGCCAGCGUAAUGGCGGACAGCGUAACCGAACAGCUAAAUCAUCUAAGAGAAGAACGGAUUACGAUCGCUAUGAGCACGGUUCCUCAUCAUCCCGGCGUCACCAUCACUCAGUGUCGCAGCAACAACAUCAGCACGAUCGGCACGAUCGCACCGGUGAUCGUCAUGGAUCCUCCAGCAGACGUUCACCUCGUCGUCGACGCCAUAAUACACGCGACGAGCCAAGCCAUCGGAGAAGCUACGCCUCGGAUGAAGAUGAGCUGGAAGAGGAAGAGACCGACAAUUACCGCCGCCAUCAUCACUCCCAUCAUCGGGAGCAGCGAACGGUAGAUGAUUCGGAUGUUCGUAGCGUUUGCUCGACGUGCUCGUCCAGCUCUUCCAGUGCGGAUGACGAUGUAUACGAGCUGCCUCUCCGACGCACCUCGUACGGCGGUACUCGGAUACACUAUAUGCCAAACAACUCGCUGGCGUGUGCCAAAAAACGCAAGCAGCUGCAGACAUCCGGUGUUGGUGGUCAGCAGUAUGAGAAGGACAAUAAGAACUGUAUCAUAUCGUAGGUAAGCAGACCAUGAGUGUGUUGUGUUGUCCCCUGUCCCUAACCUGUUACAUAUCUCUUGUCUGGUGGGGUGUUUUCCCGCUGCUAGAUUUACAAAUUUGAACGUGAAAGCAAUAUUACUUCAAUAAGAAGAGAAAGGUGGAGAAAAAAAAA